UGCGCACUGCGCACGUGCUGAAGCCCGUCCGCGCCUCGCGCCUCUCUUCCCUGUGGCUGUGGCCCGCAUCUCUCAGGCGUUGCAAAACAUUUUCUUGGAAGAUGGCCACUAUGCAGUUGCGGAGGACGGCUUCCAUGAGUGCAUUGGUAUUUCCCAAUAAGAUAUCAACUGAGUAUCAGUCUUUGAUGUUUGUGAAGAGGCUCCUGGCAGUUUCGGUAUCCUGCAUCACUUAUUUGAGAGGGAUAUUUCCAGAGCGUGCUUAUGGUACAAGAUAUCUGGAUGACCUUUGUGUCAAAAUUCUGAAAGAAGAUAAAAAUUGUCCAGGUUCUUCACAGUUAGUGAAGUGGAUGCUAGGAUGCUAUGAUGCUUUACAGAAGAAAUAUCUAAGGAUGAUCAUUCUAGCAGUAUACACCAAUCCAGAAGAUCCUCGGACAAUUUCAGAAUGUUACCAGUUUAAGUUCAAGUACACCAAAAAUGGACCAAUCAUGGACUUUAUAAGCAAAAAUCAAAACAAUAGAUCUAGUGCAACAUCUGCUGACACCAAGAAAGCAAGUAUUCUCCUCAUUCGGAAGAUUUAUAUCCUGAUGCAAAAUCUAGGACCAUUACCCAAUGAUGUUUGUCUGACCAUGAAACUUUUUUACUAUGAUGAAGUUACACCCCCAGAUUACCAACCUCCAGGUUUUAAGGAUGGUGAUUGUGAAGGAGUAAUAUUUGACGGCAACCCUACAUACUUAAAUGUGGGAGAAGUCCCAACACCUUUUCACACCUUCAGAUUAAAAGUGACUACUGAGAAAGAACGAAUGGAAAAUAUUGAUUCAACCAUAUUAACACCAAAACAAUCAAAAAUACCAUUUCGGAAAAUUCUAAUGGACAAAGAUGAUGGAGAAGAUGAAAAUCAUAAUAAUUUUGACAUUAAAACUAAAGUGGAUGAACAGAAAGAAAACUUGGGAGUUUCUGAAAUUAAAGAACCAAAUUUAGAUUGUAAGGGAGAAGAAAUUAUGCAGUUCCAAAAAAACCCAAGUCCUUCAAUUUCUCAUUGUCAGGUUGAACAGUUAGUCAGUAAAACAUCUGAACUUGAUGUGUCUGAAAGCAAAACAAGAAGUGGAAAAAUUUUUCAGAGUAAAAUGGUAAAUGGAGGUCAACAAGGACAAACUUCUAAAGAAAAUCGAAAGAGAAGUCUUCGUCAGCCAGUGAAAACAGUCCUUCAUUUCUCGGAAUCUUCUAGUGAAGAAUCAGCGACAAAAAGAAAGAGAGUUAGUGAACCAAAGGAACAUAUCUAAAAAUUAUUUUUCUUAUGCAUAUUUACAGUUCUCAACAUUCAAACUAAAAGAGGCUGUGUUAUUAUUUGAAAGUGUGCUUUCUGUACCUCUGAAAAUUAUUUUGUGAUUCAC